AUGGGAUUUUGGCCGUUUGGCGCCACUAAGAGAAAUCGCAAGCGGGCUUCCGACGAUCAGACCGCUAGCACUACAUUGCUCGAGAAAUCAGACCCGACUCGAAUGGCUCGCAAUGCCGGCCCCGCAAUCGAGCAGGGAAACCCUCAGACUGCCAGCGCCGAGUCCAGGCAGCAAAAUGAAGAGAGGACUAGAAAACUGUCAAAGCCUCGUCCACCGUCACAGAAGAACUCGGCCUACAAUUUGCCACGUUCCGCCACCGCACCCUCUGGAUUGAUGAACCAGAACAUGUCGCAAACGUCAAUCGGACCCGAGAACUUCACGGCUGUGCCUCCAGUCCCUACAUUGUAUGCCCGGCGUCAGGGUUCCAACCCUUCCAUUCUGCGCAAGAAGUCCAGCAAAAGAAAAGCGGACGAUCAUGCGCGCGAACGCGAACUCAAGGCGAUGACCGAGCCCAUGCCUAUACCCAAACCUCGGAGACCGGCUACAUAUUCUGGAUCUGGCCCGCUACAGCGAGAGAUCGUUCACAUAGGUGGCGAUGGACGAAGGCCGCCCUCACAAGUGUCGCUGCCAAUUCCCGAGAACAUAUCAGAGGUUGACGACGUCAUGUAUCAGAAUUCCUUCAAAAUUGGCAUCUUUGCAGCACUCAGCCCACGACCAACAGUCAAGUAUGACGGGAGAAGUCGUGGAAGUCUCGGCAAGCAUCCUGCCCGCUUGGACCCUGUUCAGCAGUCUAUCGAAGAGGAGGAAGACCUCUCAUCAUCCAAGAGAAGGAUAGACGAUCUGGCUGACAGCCUCGACUCGGCUGCACUCCGCGAGCUGCUUGAGCGUGACCAGAAAAGACGACUGAAGAAGCGUGAAACGGACAAGCAGAAGUUGCACAGGAAGCUGCAGAAGCGCGCGGACAAAGAACAAGAGGAGAGGACGAGACGCGCGCGCGCAGAAGAAUUCGCACGAACUUCCUCCGCGAAUUUGACCGAGCAGCAGCACGAUGCCAGUCAGGGGACCGAAGCUGCUACUCCCGACGUCCCCGACGACGAUCCGUUCUCCGACCCACAGCCCGUCGGAGUUGCUCAUACAACGGCGAUCCGAAAUCCUUUCGAGGACGAGAAGGAUGUGGAUCUGAUGCAAGAAUCUUCGGACAGGGAAGAGGACGCGCCUCCGCCAGUACCUGUGCAAUCUCCACGGAGGAAAGCGGCGACUGUACAGUCAGGACAAGCCCUCAAUCCUUCUCAAGGAGCCAUAUCACCACCCAGCUCACCUGUCGAGCCAUCUGUCGGCGACGGAAACAUGUCUCAGCUUUCUUUCAAGAAAGAAGCCGUGCCAGCCGAAGUCACUGCUGGUCUCGAGCGGGACCGCCGAGCAAUUCUCAAACACAAGCGGGAGUCGUUCGCUCGCAAAGCCCCUCCACCACAACUGAAUACAUCACAAAGGACGUUCAGGCGGACUGGCAGUGCUACUCCGCAGAGGACGAUGUCUAAGUUCCGCGAGGACCUUCCGGAAUUGCCACUUUCACCUCCCGACUCGAGGAUGCAGUCACCAGAAGCUCAGCCAGCUCAGCCGAUCGACAUUGCUGCUAAACCACUGAAUCACGCUCGAUCUGCACAGCUAGACGGCCGAAGUUUGGCCACGAGCUCAAGCAUACCAACGUUGGAUCGGGGCAGGGAUCACAGCAGGGUGCAUUCGCUGCUCUCGGGAGACAGUGAAGCACCUGUCCAUGCUCUGUCCCAAUCGCUUGCAUCGGUCGAUUCGGAGGCAUCCUGGCUGUCAGGCAAACCAGUCAAAAGGCUGUCCGGCCCACUGAGCCCACGGAAUCUCGAGUCUGCGCAGAAUCCGGAUGAAAUGGAAGAGGUUCUCGCUAAAGAUGAGUAUCUCAAUCGACUGUCCCCUGAGCCGGAUGGCAGGCGCCAGUCAGCCAUUUCUUCUGGAAGACGACCGAGCAGUACGCUGCUCGAUCUCAAAGCCGAACAGCAACCAACUUCAACAUCAUCCAACACUGCCGAAGCCGCCGCUGCAGGCGAAACCUGGCACGCUGGGGUCGCUCGACAGCCGACAGUGGUGAAAGCUGCCUCCAGAGCCAAGUCCCGCGAAGGACUGCUAAAGGACUUCCAAACAGCCGACAUGGACGCGAUAAGCUCGGACGAGGACGACGAUGGCCAAGCCUCGUCCAAGAGCGAGGAAGAGGUGCAACUCAUGCGUGCUCGCAGUAUCGACUACGGCAGCAGAAAAGGCCAUGCACGGCACAUUUCCGCUGGCAGUGCUAAGAUGUUCGACGUACGAAGGGGCUCGGCACAGUUCGCUACUACUCCACCACUGAGUCCCGCCAUGAGAAGCUCGAAUGCUCUUGCUGGACAAGAGACGAGCACGAAGGAGGAAUGA